AUGGACGACGGCGCAGUGAACGGCGCGGGUUCUAAGCGGAAGCGCACAAACGACACCCACGUCAACGGCCAUUCCAAGACCAACGGCGUCACAAACGGAGUCACGAAUGGACUACCGUCCGAACUACACGGCACUAAGCCCGAACCUGUAGAUUCGGUCAACGGAGACGUCAAGACCAAUGGCGUGCACAAGCCUAAGGUCGACAAUGCAACUCACAACGCCGCCCCAGAACCCGCGCAGGCCGACAACAUCACCUCGGUCGAGGAGUUGUAUGGACUCAUCCGAACCCUGAUCGAGACUGGAUGGAUCAGAACCGUCACCGAGACACAAUACCUAUCCCCAGGCGAUAUGCACGAUUUGCUCUACCAAGAAUCCAUAGAACAGGACAACGGGGGAGUACAACCUUCAGGCACAAAAGACAAAGAUACAGUCAACAGGGCGACCCUAGAGCGCAAAAGAAGGAUGCGUGACGAAUGGCUCAAAGUCCCAGGAUUUGCUGGAGGCCGACAAACAAACGGUUCAAACAAGCGGGUUAAGAUGAACGGUGCGAAUGGCUGGGCAGCCUCGUCUUCAGACGAUGAUCUCGUCAUCCGCGUCAAUCCAGACAAAAUCGCCGUUGCUAUGCGGACAGAACAGCUCGUAAGUGUGGUAGAGCAACGACUAGGGUCCGUUACCGCGCGUGUAUACCAGACGAUGCUGCGCAUGCUCGAGUCCAAAAUCCCGCGCUGCUGGGAAGAAUGGCCAGAUCCUCCACUACCGGGCGGAGAACCUGCAGACGCCAGCAUCGACCACACCCUCCUCGUCACUGCGCGCGAUGUAGCUGUCAAGCUCAGCCGUGAUCCGGACGUAGACAUCUUCGACGACAUCGAUCCUCAUGCUGCCGUUCAACUCACCCGCAAAGGACAUGUAAAUAGGAAUACCGUCUGGUCGCAGCCCACGGACCCCACGACCCUUCACAUGGACGAAAAGACAAAGAUUAUAGACAAACACAUUCAGAUGUUGUCUGAAGAUCCUUAUCAUUUCGUCACCUGGCACUCGCGCUCUGGGUACUCGCAAUGGCGCAUCGAAUUCGACGAGCUUGCGAGACAGUUGAUCCAGGCGGAGAUUGAAAACACGAUUUCAGCGAGAAAAGGCAUCUUGGGAGUCAAGCUCGUUCGGACUUUGAAAAAAAAGGGAAAACUCGACGAGCGCGCAUUAUGCAACGUCAUGAUGAUGUCUCCAAACGAUAUUCGCGGCAUUGUUAAUGACCUUACCGUGCAGGGAUUUGUACAGACUCAGGAAAUUCCCAAGGUCGACAGACGCGAGGCCAAACUUUCUCUUCACCUUGUUUGGUAUGAUCGUCAACGCGCCCGCGAGAAGCUCCUCCAUGACACCUACAAGGGCAUGGUGAGGAUCCUCCAACGCAUUUCGUUCGAGCGGGAAAAGGUCCAGCUCCUACUCACCAAAGCCGAGCGUUCUGAUGUCGUCGGAAAUGAGGAAAAGUGGCUAAGCAAGGGGGAAUUGGACGCGCUGAAGAAGUGGAAGGAGGUUCAGGAGAAGUUGUCUCUACAGCUGUUCCGUGAGGAUGAUCUGGUGGCGACGCUCCGCGACUUCCACGGCCCCUUGGUCCUGCAAAACCGAACAGUACUCACACGCUCCGUCGCUAAGGCGCUUGGGAAAGGAGGUGAGGAGGGUGUUUUAGUGCACGGGUUGGGUGAUGCGGAUGCGGAUGUGCAAGAGGGGAGUGAGGAUGAGGAUGAAGAUGAAGAGAGUGGAAGCGAGAUAGACCCAAGCUGCUGUUUGGACUAUCGGGUUGACACCGACAUUGAGACAGAUGAGGAUAAGGACGAGGAUGAGGAUGAGACAGACUCCGACUCAGAUUUUGUUGAAGAACGCGAUGGAAGCGAUGAAAGCGAUGAAGAUGAAGAAGAGGGACUAGCCCAAGACCACCCACACUAUAAGAAUGGGUAUAGUAUUUGGAACCACAGGACAAGCACGGCGAGUAGUCUAGAUAGUACAACAGGCAAUUCAUCACAGUAUGAUAGUGAUGGUGGGUUUGUUGAUGGUGAUUCGGAGUCGGAGUCGGAGUCGGAGUCGAUCAGAGGGUGGAGCGCGAGUGAGACGGAGGGGAAUGUGUGGGAGAUGGGCUUGGACAUGGAUAGUAGAAGAUGCUCCACCUCGUCAGCGUCGACAUCCCUGUUCGUCCCUGAAUACAGGCUUACACCUGCUGAGAAGGCCAGGGAGAUGGAUUUGUUGUAUCAGUUGUUGAGUCAUAGUGAGAUUUUGUGA